GCCUGUGGUCAAGGCUCAUAUCGUUCAGUUUCGCUCCCACACCAACGGCACAACAUCAUUUUUACUUCAUAAAAUAGAUUUACUGGUAGUAAGUAAGAUACCAAAAGUUCGGAAAUUGACACCUAGCCCAUUUUGUGUAAUCGGUGUUGAAAGCCGGUACUAUUUUUCAGUGAGGCGCAGUGAUAUCUAGUGGGGAGUGGCGCGGUUUUGGUCACAUGGACCAAUCAGGUAGCAGCUUUAUUCUAACAACAUACCUGCUAUGGCGACGACAACAUCCGAGAGUGAAGAGGAACGAAAGACCUCAAAAGUUAGAAAAAAAGUGCGUAAAGAGGAAAAUAAAAGAUGCUAUAUGCAUCUUUCAUCUGUGAACAAUGAGGACGUCCAGCACUUCACUCGGACACGGUGGGACACAUACAGAAACUAUUUAAAACAGUGGCUUUGUCUGCAAGACCAGAACAAGCAUCUGGCAGAAAUCUAUAAACAUUGCUCGGAUGUAGAUUUUGACGCUAUUCCUGACGACGCUGGGUUUCACGCAACAUGCUACCGACGUUUUACAGAUAAAUCUGCAUUGUUUUAUGCCGAGAAAAGGACCGCACGGGCGGUGGGAGAACCAUCUGCAGCCGCAGGUUUGCCCGUUGCUUCUGCCGGCCCCGUCCUGCCAGCCAUCUGUAUAAUUUGUCAAAAAGUGGAAAAGUACACUCGUGUGGGAGGAAAACGCCAGAGGGAUCAACUCACACAAGCAGAAACCGUGUCGGCAGGCCAGUUGCUGAAGGCAGCUGAGAUUAAGAAAGAUGCUGCCAUUCUUCUGCACAUCAACGACAAAGACUGUGUUGCUAUAGAGGUCCGGUACCAUAGGACCUGUUACAGACAGUACACCAGGUUCUUGUCACUGUCUACAGCAACGCACACUGCAACCAGAGAUGAACAAAUACAACCCUUUGCUGACAGCUACAACCUCUUCUGUGACCAAGUGAUCCGUCAAAGGAUUAUAAUUGACAAAGAGGUGCUGAGAAUGGACAAGCUAAGGAAGUUGUUCGUGGACACCGUUAAGAAGCACGAAGAUCUUGAUGCUUCAGGCUACAGGAGGGAUAAACUGAAAAGAAGGUUGGUCCGUGAUUUCCCCCAGCUGGUUUUCCACUGCCCUCCCCAGCGCAACGUCUCUGAAAUGGUUUUUGUUGAGACAUUAUCGUUAGCAGACAGGGUACCUCUGCCAUCAGGCACAUCACCAUCAACUACCGAGUCAACUGAGGUGAGCCAAGCUGAAAGCCAAGCUGAAAGUGACAGUGAACACACGGCUAGUACAACAGCUGGUCAGAAUACCACGGAGAACACAAGGACACUUUACAGUGCAGGGCUGAUAUUGAAGCGCCUUCUAAGUGACUCUCCCGGUAUGAAAUGCCCGUGGCCUCCCACAGCAGAGGAUUUAAAUGUAUCUGAAGCUAAAUCUGUUGUGCCUGUUGAACUGUGUUUGUUCUGCACUCAUUGGCAUCCAUACCUUCACAGGUUGUGA